UAUUUAUUUUUCACAACCAACCCCCCUUUGUUCAUCACUUUCUUUUCUCUGCUCCUUCACCCACAACCCUAAAGUAUAGUAAAAAGAAAUCUAGUUGUAGAACAAAUCAUCAUCCAGAUUUAGCUCUAAGCCUUAAACCCACUUCAGCAAUGGCCACAAUCUCCAUUUCCAAGUACUUCACAGUUCUUAUCUUUUUCCACUUUAAAGUCUUGGCUUUAGAACAAAUUUCCUCAUUUUCCUUCAAUAAUUUUGGUAAAGAUCCAAACUUUGAGUCUACUAUUGCUUUAUAUGGGGAUGCUCAUGUUGCUAAUGGUGGCUCAGUGAUUGAACUCACUAACUCGGUGAAAUGGAGUGCUGGGAGAGCCAUGUAUAAGAAACCCAUCAAGCUUUUUGAAGGUAAAGCCAGGAACUUUGCUUCUUUUUCAAACUACUUUUCUUUCUCAAUGUCCCAUGAGAAUGGUAAUGGCUUGGCUUUUGUUAUGGUUCAUAGGACUUUUGAUGUUAAUGUAUUGAACAAUAGUUCGUUUGGGGUUUCUUUUAAUGGAAGCCAUGUAGGGAUCGAUGUGGGUAGUCUUGUAUCAGUUAAAGUGAGAAAUUUAUCGUCUGUCAAUGUGGUGUUAAACCAUGGAGAAAAAUUACAUUUUUGGAUUGAUUAUGAGGCAACUUCAAAUAGACUAGAGAUUAGGUUGAGUCAAUCUAGUACCAGGCCUAAUGGUCCAUUGUUUUCACACUCGAUCGACUUGUCUAAACUGUGGAACGAUGAGGAAGUGUUUGUCGGCUUAAGCUCUUCAAAUGGGAACUCAAAACAAACAAGCUUUAUUCACUCUUGGAGCUUUAAGCUUAGGCAGGUUCCAAAUUGGAUGCAUUCUCAACCACUUGAUCCUGAGGCUAUUUCAAAUAACAGCAAGCUUUUAACAACGUCACACAAGCGCAGCAGUUGUUUUUGGGAAGUGGUUGCUAUGUUCAUCUUUGGUUGUGUUUGUGGUAUGUCGACAGCUUCUUGCCUGGUAUACCUACGGACCGUCCUUGGUGGUAGGCGUCCGGUAGUGCCUGAAGAGUGCAGUGUGCACCCUGUGGAUUUUGAGUACAAGAAAGUCGAAUUAGUAGUCGAGAAAGUUGUCAAAGAUGACAAGAAAUAGAUGAUUUAUGUUGUAAAACGAUGGUUUUCUUUUGUUAUUGUAGUUGCAGGUUUCAUGUGUGCUUUGUAGUUUGUU